CCGGCGCUGGUCGCUAAGGAGCGGAGCGGAGCGGGCCGGGCCCGGUCGGGCAGCUCCCAGAAAUUGACUGAGAUGCUGAGGUUUCGAUGCUGAGCACUACAUGCUGUAUUACGGAGCUGCUCACCUUGGCUCAUGGGGAAACUGCAGAGUAAAAUCAACUGCAGCACCUCCAAAUACAGGCCUGAUGAUUAUGUGGAAGAGGACAGUCCUGCACAGGCUGUUCAGCAAUACAGCCCUGCUCACACUGGCGCCGUCACUUCUGUGGCUGCUCUAACAUCAGAUCUCUGUGUGUCGGGAGGAAAGGACAAGACUGUAGUUGUGUAUAACUGGAGAUCGGGAGCAGUGCUGAAGAGGUUCGUGGGACAUCAACGCGAAGUGACUAAGGUGGCCUGUGUCUUUGAAUCCAACAGUUUUUUCAGCGCCUCCCGUGACAAGACAGUCAUGAUGUGGGAGCUACACAGGAACUCGGGGCCGAGCCAGCACUUCCCAGGACAUGACUUGGUUGUAACUGGACUGGCGGUGAGCCCAGACUCUUUACAGCUGUGCACAGGUUCACGGGACAACACCAUGUGCAAGUGGGACAUAGAGACCGGGGAGUGUCUGCGGAGAGCUGCCAUCUCCAGGAAUCUGGUAACACACCUGUGCUGGGUUCCUGCAGAGCCGUAUGUCAUCCAGACGUCAGAGGAUAAAACAAUCAGGAUCUGGGACAGCCGGGAGCUGCAGGUGGCCCAUAGGUUCCCGGUAAAGCAGUAUAUUCAGACCUACUGUGAUGUAAGCCAGGAUGGCCGGUACUGCAUCAGCAGCAGCAAUGGCUUUGGUGGGGAGGGCUGCGAAGCCACACUGCACCUUCUGCAAAGCACCUGCCUGGUCACCUUGUGCCUCGACGGAUCUGGACCCCUUGCUUCCCUGGCUGUCUGUGACAGCUCCGCACUUCUCUGUGCCAGCUUCAACUCAGGAAUUCACUUACUCAGGAUAAACAGCGUUAAAGGCCUGGAGCUCCAGGAGGUGGCAACGUUCUGAUUCGUAGUGACCCUCUCUGCCCCAGACCAUCAUGGUCAAAAUCCAAAGCAGGAAUUGCCUCUCUGGUUAAGAAGUCUCUCGGUCGCUGGUACUCAUUUCCUGGCUGACUAGGUUUAAUGGCCAGGCACCUGUAAUGUCCCUAGCCCCAAAUAGGCAACAGUGCAGAGCCAGCAGGGUCAUCAGGUUCCAGUUUCUGAGAUUAUGGAAACUAGCUGCAUCCAUUUUUAAAGCCAAGUCAUAGAUGCAUUUAGGCCAAAUUUUAACUUGAAAUAAGCCUUGCGCAUUUGACACACAAAAUCACAAGCGAACUAGUUAUAGGUCUAACAGUUAGAUGAGAAAAGAGACACAAGCAGAGACUCUAGUGAAACAGGCUGCCAGCCUACAGGGAAGUGUGUUUCUGGGAACAUCCUGCUGACCACAGUGGGGUAGCCUCCAUCCUGUCGUGCAAGCAUCUGUUCCUUGCUACGCUGCAGGUUGCGUUGCUUUUCUUGUUUCAAAGAACGUAUAAAAGAAGGCCUGGAUGCUUGUCAGCAGAGGUAAGGAAAAAUCAUGGAUCGUUGUCCCUCUUCCCUUAUCAGUGUUACGUCGGCGUCCCCAUUUGUUGCCACCAGGGCAGAGUCUGGCUCACCGAGAAGCCUGGGUUAUUGAUGCUGUGUGCAGUAGCAGACUGAGGAACAAAGGGUCCAUUCUGUUAUCUCAGGGUAGAAGCUGAGUACUGUGCUGUGAAGCAGCAAACUUGCUACAGAUCUGAAAACCACCUUUCAGAUGUCAGCAUGUGGAAUGAAUGGCUUGUUUUGGAACAUACCAGUGAUUGGCUAACUGAAUGAACAUACUAAGAUGUCGGCUAGAGAAGCUCAGCCCAGUUCUCAUUGCUCAGGUUCAGUGUGCUGUUUAAUGGUGUCGAAUGCUGUGCCCCAAAGCGAAUGCUUGUUCUACAAUCAGGGUUGGUGUACAUACACCCUGCUGGAAGGGGGAGAGAAUUCAUGCUCCUAGCCUGUCACCAAAAGCUUUGGCAGCAGCUGUGAAGGUAGCUAUUUCUCCACAAUCCAAGGCAGAAGCAAGCUGAUAAAAAAGACUAAUGGGGUGGAAGAAAUAAUCACAUGUUCUUGGCACAUUGCCAGCCUGUUGAGCGGAAGCCAUGGCUAAAGAAUUCAGGGAGAGGUGGCGCAGGGAGAACCCCAGAAGAGGGGCUAGGGAGAGUUUUAACUUCCAGGUAAAGCUGAUUCUGCAGAUGGUUUGGCCGGUGUUUUUAACAGGUUUGCCUGGUCUCAGCCUGCCCCUUUUGCCCUGGUGUGGUACCUAGGGCGGUAGCCAGCUUUUCAGUGCAGAAAGUGGUCCAGUGAGUCAGUAACCAGCUCUCAGAUGCCUUCCUUUCCAUGGGUGUAUUUGGCUCUGAGGUUCACAGUGCUAUGGGGAGAGUCUGUCCACCACUGGCAGAGGCUUCUUUUCCUGAUCCAAUAGGCUCGGAGCUCACAAUGCCAGCUCCAGUGACUGCUGUGGGGUUACUGCUGACUGAGAUGCCCUGAGUGAGAGCAGAAGUAGGCAAGAGACGUUUCCUCUCCUCUGUGUGCCAGAGGUUGAGGAGGAUGCUUAGUAUAAUAUAGGGUGCUUCUCCACCAAGAAAGGCUAUUGAGAGAGUUCCAUGUAUGUACAGAUCGGGCUCCCCCUGUGGGGUUUGCAGGGGCUAGCCAAUCUUUGACUGGCAGCCUGGAAAAUGCCGUCUGUGUUGGUUAAUAUCCUUGAUUGGUGCUUGAUUACUGGGCACUAGGAGCUACGGCCCAGAUCACGUGAUGUAGAUGCUUUGUGCUAUGCUCUCAGAGUGCUUGCCCGUGGAAGGGUCACCCCAGUGCAGUGGGGACGCUGUGGUGGCACAGAGCUCAUAUAGCAACUGCUAUGUCACCCCUUCACUGUGCUGUCCAGUGUCACCCACUGGACCUGACACUCAUGCAUUUCCCCUUUGCCUUAUGCCUGCCUGCAGCCCUGAUGGAGUCUCAGGCUUCCAGCAGGGCUGCAGAGACUCAGCAAGACUCUUCCUGCAUUUAUCGCCCUGGGGCAGCUGUGGUGCCAGACACCAGCACUAAAGCAGGGAAUCUCUUCCCUGCUCCCCGGGCUGAUACCCGGCCUACCUCCAGCUGGCUGGAGACAGAAGCAGCUCUCUGCCCCACUCACUUUUCAGCAGGGGGUUUGGAGCAGAGGGAAAUGUGGCUGGGCUUUGGUGGGAUGAGGAGAAGCUGGAGGAAUGGAAGAUGCAGGGUAAUGGGGAGAAGGAUGGAGAGCCCCACCCGUAACAGCCCUCCAGGCUGCCUAAGGCUCACUUGUCCUUCUCUGCUGCAGACGAGCCCGUUACCUCUCCUGUAGUCUGCCCUUGGACACCCCCUGCAUUGCCACAGCCCCUCCUCCUCCUCCUCUCAGGUUCUUCCCACUGCUCGGAAGGGGGAGAUUGGUGAUUCUCACUGGUGAGAAAUUUCACACAUGUAGCUGCAUAAAACUUGGCAGCUAUGCCAUUCCCCGUUCUUGGCAUAGGGGUGUCGCCAGGGGGUCCCUGGCCAGGGACAGGCCAAGGGAGAAUUGGUUGGUAGGCUAAUUGGCACUGCCUUAGGGUUCUCUGAGUUGUGAUGGGGGUGUGGCCUGGCAGCUGGCCCUGGGCUGGCGCCAUCGUUCCCGCUGCCUCCUGAAUGUGGCUGUACACUCCUUGGCCAGAGGUGAGGUUCUGUAGAUCUACAUUUCCAGAGACGGAGUCUUUGGGAAGGAGGGAACCCUGGGCUAUGGGCUUCCGACCCAUCUGGCUGCUCUCUGUGCUGCAGAUAGAACUAGAUUAAACAGGUGGUGCUAAUCUGCACUGUAAUCCCUGAAAUACCUGGAAUAUUCCCAUCUGACUAAAUAAUUAAUGGUAUUUUGAGUUGCUGCCUUAUUGGUCCCCAAGGACUUGCCUCUUUGGGCUUCCUGGGAGAUCCCCUCAGCACAUGUGAACUGUGACUGGGGGUUUUUCUCCAUCAUGGCACCAGGUGAAACCCUCCCAGUUCACAAGCAUUAGCUGUGUCCUUGCUGCUGCUGUUCCCUUACGGGUCUUGUCUGACAGAGCUGCCUGCUACGUAUGUGACUAUGGCUAAUAACACUUUCAUAGGUCCACAUUCGGAACUGAUACCCCAUGAGCUAAAGGCUAAUUGCAGGGUCUGGAUGCUGGAGAAGGCUGUUCCCUUCUGUGGCAUUAGAAGGGAACACAGAGC